AUGACUCCUGCUCACUUUGCCUUCUCCUCAACAUUUACGCUAGGCCUGAUAGGACUAACAUUCCACCGAACCCAUCUUUUGUCUGCCCUCUUAUGUUUGGAAGGAAUAAUACUAUCUCUAUUCAUUGCCUUUGCACUCUGGACCCUGCAACUAAACUCCUCUAGUUUUUCAAUUGCACCUAUAAUCCUCCUGGCCUUCUCAGCCUGUGAGGCCAGCGCUGGCCUAGGACUUCUUGUUGCAACCGCUCGCACUCACGGCUCUGACCGCAUGCAAAACCUAAACCUCCUCCAAUGUUAA